CCAUAGGAGUGUAAUAACCCACGUUCAAAAUUCUCUUAACAUUUGGCAUACCGAAGGUUAUUGAUUGUGUUCAAUGCAAAUACUCUGCAAAUUCUGCGCAUAUCCUGAUUCCUAUAGUAACGGCUGUAUAUAAAUGGCGAAGAAAGAAAAUUGUGUUCACUGAGAACAUCAAAUUUUGAGGUAGUAAAUCAAGAGUUGCAAUGGCUGUGGCGUUGUCACUUUUGGCAGUGGCGAUUAUGUUAAUAGGAUUGACUCGAUUGGUGUGUGUGCUCUUCCUGGUCGGGAAACCCCUCUCCAAUUCACAUUCUUCUUCUUCUGUCAAAACACUCAUAGUUCUCGGAUCAGGUGGUCAUACAGCAGAGAUGCUUAACCUUGUAGCCGUUCUUAAGAAGGAAAGAUUUUAUCCCAGAUGGUAUGUUGCUGCUGCAACUGAUAAUAUGAGCCUUGAAAGAGCUAGGACAGCCGAAGAAUCACGACCAGAGCAGGUAGAAGGCAAGUUAUUCCAAGGUGCAGAAUAUAUGAAAAUUUAUCGAAGCAGGGAAGUUGGCCAGUCAUAUUUAACUUCCGUUGGUACAACACUAGUAGCGAUGAUACAUGCUAUGUGGUUGAUUUGCCAAAUCAGGCCUGAUGUGAUAUUGUGCAAUGGUCCAGGCACUUGCAUCCCUUUAUGCAUAGCCGGAUUCUGUUUGAAGGUCAUUGGUAUUAAGUGGGUAAUGAUAUUCUACGUUGAAAGCAUUGCUAGAGUAAAAAAGCUGUCUUUGAGUGGCUGGCUAUUAUACAAGCUACAUCUUGCUGAUCAGCUAUUUGUCCAAUGGCCACAACUGAAGCAAAAAUAUACCAAAGCUCACUAUGUGGGACGACUAAUGUAGUUCACAAUUUCCUUUCAUGGUUGACAAGGAAAGGAGGAAAGGAGGAAAGGAACUGAUUGGUAUAAGACUAUAAUCUGCUUUUUUGACACGAAGAGCCACCAUAGUGCUUGUCAACUUCUUUUCUGACUCCAAAAGCUACUGUAUUGCAAUGUUUCUAUUCCUGCAAGUGUGCAUUUUGAAAGCUGGUCCUGUGGUGAUGGAUCCAGGGUUUUCUCGAUUUUGGUUCUUUAAGGAAUAUAUGGGGUUAUAAGACACCCUUUUCAGACUAUGCUUUACCGGUUGUGGUUCAAAUAAAUGUUCAAACCAAUAUGCAAUUGCAAGUGAAUCUAUGGAAAUUUUUUAACAAUAUGAAUAUACAUGAAUGAAUAGUGAACUCAACUGGGGACUCUGAGAGGAGUAGAAACAGAAUUUAAUCUUUAGUCUUAGAUUAUAAUUGCUUUGCAGAGGGUUGCUAGUUUUGUGAUUUUUUUGACAGUACUGGUGAACCCUCUGCAACUAAAUGACAGUUUCUUGCUUUACUACCAAGGAAAUUGUUCUGAUUCAUUUACGCUGUUAUUUAGUACAAGCUAUUGAACAUUU